AUGUCUAUGCCAGGUGGAUAUACUGAGGUUGCCAAAGCAGAUGGAGUAAUCCAGAUGAUCUGUGACGCUAUGAAGCACAAGGCUGAAGCAAAGACAGGGAAGAACUACGACGUCUUCACAGCCAAGUUGUACAGGACGCAGGUUGUGAACGGGAUCAACUACUUGAUUAAGGUCCAUGUGGGAGGAGAUGAUCAUGUUCAUCUCCGCGUUUUCGAAGAUCUGCCAUGUAAUGGAGAAACCCUUCAGCUGACUGACCUACAGCAAGCCAAAAGCUAUGAUGACCCCAUUGAGUAUUUCUAA